GACCUGGCUGUCUUGCUCUGAUACCCCAACAUUCAGCCUCUCGCUAAGCCCAGAGAAGUGGAAUCUGCUCAUUGAAACUCUCGGUGGCUGGAGCGGGCGGACUGGGCAUGCUCAGAAGCCAGGGUUGCUGGCUUUGGUCUCAAGUAGGAAGCUUUUUCACUCAGGAGGCAGCGGCGACUUUGGGGAAAGUUGAUCGGAGAGGGGAGGACGCACCAAGACGCGGAGCAGCGGCAGGCAGGAGCCCCUGGCAGCCCGGAGGAGCAUGGGCACCCUGCGAGAUUUACAGUACGCGCUCCAGGAGAAGAUCGAGGAGCUGAGGCAGAGGGAUGCCCUCAUCGAUGAGCUGGAGCUGGAGUUGGAUCAGAAGGACGAACUGAUCCAGAAGCUGCAGAACGAGCUGGACAAGUACCGCUCGGUGAUCCGACCGGCCACCCAGCAGGCACAGAAGCAGAGCGCCAGCACCUUGCAAGGCGAGCCGCGCACCAAGCGCCAGGCGAUCUCAGCUGAGCCCACCGCCUUCGACAUCCAAGAUCUCAGCCAUGUGACCCUGCCUUUCUACCCCAAGAGCCCACAGUCCAAGGAUCUUAUAAAGGAGGCCAUUCUUGACAAUGACUUCAUGAAGAACUUAGAGCUGUCCCAGAUCCAAGAGAUUGUGGAUUGUAUGUACCCUGUGGAAUAUGGCAAAGACAGCUGCAUCAUCAAGGAAGGAGAUGUGGGGUCACUGGUGUAUGUCAUGGAAGAUGGAAAGGUUGAAGUGACAAAAGAAGGUGUGAAGCUGUGUACUAUGGGACCUGGCAAGGUGUUUGGAGAGUUGGCUAUCCUUUACAACUGUACCCGUACAGCCACCGUUAAGACUCUUGUAAAUGUGAAACUCUGGGCCAUUGAUCGACAAUGUUUUCAAACAAUAAUGAUGAGAACAGGACUCAUCAAACAUACCGAGUAUAUGGAAUUUUUAAAAAGUGUUCCAACAUUCCAGAGCCUUCCUGAAGAGAUCCUUAGCAAGCUUGCUGAUGUCCUUGAAGAGACUCACUAUGAAAAUGGGGAGUACAUCAUCAGGCAAGGUGCAAGGGGAGACACCUUCUUCAUCAUUAGCAAAGGAACGGUUAAUGUCACCAGAGAAGAAUCCCCAAGUGAAGACCCCAUCUUUCUUCGAACUUUAGGGAAAGGAGACUGGUUUGGAGAGAAAGCUUUGCAAGGGGAAGAUGUGAGAACAGCCAAUGUAAUUGCUGCUGAAGCUGUCACCUGCCUUGUGAUUGACAGAGACUCUUUCAAGCAUCUGAUUGGAGGGCUGGAUGAUGUUUCUAAUAAAGCUUAUGAGGAUGCAGAAGCUAAAGCAAAAUAUGAAGCUGAAGCUGCUUUCUUCGCCAACCUGAAGCUGUCAGAUUUCAACAUCAUUGAUACCUUGGGAGUUGGAGGAUUUGGCCGAGUAGAACUGGUCCAGUUGAAAAGUGAAGAAUCCAAAACAUUUGCAAUGAAAAUUCUCAAGAAACGCCACAUCGUGGACACGAGACAGCAGGAGCACAUCCGUUCGGAGAAGCAGAUCAUGCAGGGGGCUCAUUCCGAUUUCAUAGUCAGGCUGUACCGAACAUUUAAAGACAGCAAGUAUUUGUAUAUGCUGAUGGAAGCUUGCCUGGGUGGAGAGCUCUGGACAAUUCUCAGGGAUAGAGGUUCUUUUGAAGAUUCUACAACAAGAUUUUACACGGCAUGUGUGGUAGAAGCAUUUGCCUAUCUGCAUUCCAAAGGAAUCAUUUACAGGGACCUCAAGCCGGAAAAUCUCAUUCUAGAUCACCGAGGCUAUGCCAAACUGGUGGACUUUGGCUUUGCAAAGAAAAUAGGAUUUGGAAAGAAAACAUGGACUUUCUGUGGAACUCCAGAAUAUGUUGCCCCAGAGAUCAUUCUCAACAAGGGUCAUGACAUUUCAGCUGACUACUGGUCACUGGGAAUUUUAAUGUAUGAACUGCUGACUGGCAGCCCACCUUUCUCAGGCCCAGAUCCUAUGAAAACGUAUAACAUAAUCCUGAGAGGGAUUGAUAUGAUAGAAUUUCCAAAGAAGAUUGCCAAAAAUGCUGCUAAUUUAAUUAAAAAACUAUGCAGGGACAACCCAUCAGAAAGAUUAGGAAAUUUGAAAAAUGGAGUAAAAGACAUUCAAAAGCACAAGUGGUUUGAAGGCUUUAAUUGGGAAGGCUUAAGAAAAGGUACCUUGACACCUCCCAUCAUACCAAGUGUGGCAUCACCCACAGACACAAGCAAUUUCGACAGUUUCCCUGAGGACAGUGACGAACCGCCCCCAGAUGACAACUCGGGCUGGGACAUAGACUUCUAAUGUAUUUCUCUUACCUGCUUCUGCCUUGCUGAAGACAGCUUUUUUUCUGAGAUACAGCUGCCAGCAAACACGAGGGAAAGAGAGAAGUUUAGUGCUCGGGGUCACCAUGAUGCCUUUGAUCGCUGCUGCUCCAGUAACUACAGUGGCAUUAGGACUUACUGCUUAGAUGACAAUAGUGCUCUUUACAUGUUUUCUGUUUUGAACCUAACAUUGCAGUUGACAUGGUGGUCCUGAAGCAAAGCCUUUCACCAGUAAAGAGAUGUUGUUGUUGUUACUGUUUUACUAUUGUUGCAAGGGUCUUGCUUUGCUCUGAUUAUAAUUUGAAAGACUAUAGGAAACACUUCAACCUAGUAGAAGAGUCUGUACCCUGCUAGAAUUAUCAAGAGGAUGAAAGAAUAAUAUAUUGAGUAGGAGAAAUGACUAUGGUACAGAUCCUGGGCUUAUUCCCUGUUUUCAGAUGAAGGUUGUGGAAUCUGUUACUGUGAGCCAGUUAUGUAUACUGUACACAGAAAACCACACAUCUGUGGGUCACAGUGUUCAUGUCAAACCAGUGCUAGAAGUUUUACAAUUUUAUUUCCCAGCAGUGCUGAUGACAAGACUGAAUGUUACCUUUUCUUUCUGGCAGAUUUUUAAAAAUUGGUAUGAUACAAGCACAACUGCUAUAGGAUUGCUGAGCCCUUUCUAUAGCAGGGAUCUGUGUGUUUUCAGAGGAUUGAAAAAAAUGCAUGAUAUUUGUUUGUUCCUUUCUAAUAAAUUGGCAUGACAGAAUGGGAGAAACAACUCACAAAACCAUUUCAUAUUUUUUAAAAAUACAUAUAUUGUGCUUAAAGAUGGUCCUGGAAAUAAGAAGCAGCAAAUUGGUUUUUGUUUAUUACCUAGCAUACCCUCAAACUGGGGCUUCAAAUAUUCCCUUUUAUAAAAAUGAACCCUUGGGGUAGGGGAGGGAUAGGGUGAAAGGGAUGAAGGUCCAUCCAAAAACUUAAAAAAAAAAACUCUAUAGGUGCUAUGUAUAUCUUUCAUCUGUAAUGUCAAUGUCUGAACAGACAACACAAAUUCUAAUCAUUUUGUGUGUAGCCAGAGAUCCAAGCAUUUUCACUAAAUUUAUUAAACCAAAUUUCUGUCAGAUUUCACUUACACAACAUAGUCUGUGUUUGAGAGAUAAAGGUGAUACACACACACACACACACACACACACACACACACACUCACACACAGCUUGUUGUCUUAGGCCUGAACCAAAACAAACAUAAGAAAGGAAAAGAAAGUAAAUACUGAGUCAAAGAUACAAGAUUUUUCUAGAACUAGGUGCUUUGCUUAUGAGGUCACAGAACAAGACAAGAACCCAGCCAAGUGUUAAUUAUCUUUUGAUGAAUUAGUCAGAAUUUGUCCAAGUGGGGUUUAGAGAGGAAAACAGGAAAUGGAUUUCCUAAAAAACAAACAUUAGCUGAAUAGAACAGAAAUAAUUGCAAUUCUGAAGAUUGUUGCUAGCUAAAAAAAAACUUAGAUUUUUAAUAUCAAAUGUUUCACAUGAGAAAAAAAAUCAGCAAAUUAAACUAAGACUGCUGAUAGUAGGCCAUGUUACUAUGAUUAGCUGCCCCAUGUAGCAGAAGCUACUUUUAGGCAGAUAGCAUUAUACCUACACAGACAUAGGUAUUACAAUCCAAGCUGUCAUCCUAGUUUAGAAAUCUGUGUUAAUUUGGCCAAAUAAGUAUAUAUUUGCUUUUAGGUCUAAGUAUGUUUUGCUUAUUUUGUCUAAGUAUAGGUUUUGCUAAUGUAGAAAAUUCUAUAAAGUAGUCCAAUUAGUUAUAUUCUAGCCGAGAAUUAUGAACUUGGGUUAAUUUUUUCAUAUUCAAAAGUAUUUUAGAAUAUAUUUACAAAAUAUCAUAGGUCUAUGACAUUUGGAGAAUAAAAUUGACUAGUAAAGGGUAAUAAUUAGAAACUAAAGGCAUAUAAUUAGAAUGAAACUUAAGACUUUGAUCCAACUUGUUAUUAUAUUAUUGGUGUUUUCCCUCCUUUACAAGCAUUUUUUCAAAAUCAAUCAUUUCCCAAAGACAUCUGCUGAACUCUUCAGACUGUAGAUUAUAAAAUGAAAAAUAUCUACCUAAAAUCUAACUAGAAUGGAUGUUAUUCCAAAAGUGUUGUUUCUUUUAAGUGAGCUUUGAAAUAAUCAUUUCAACCUUAGCAUCCAUGUCAGCAAUUUUUGUUGAAAGCUAGUAUGGUUUAAACAUGCUAAAAGAUUGCUAAAACUACAUUUAUUUUCCUUGUCAUUAGAAAAGUGAAUCUUCUUCUACAAUUUAAAAACAAACAAACACCUCAACAGCCCAUAAAUGGUUAGUAAAUGAGGAUUUGAGACUUAUGGUUCAAGUCUAAGACAACAUAUGUGUGUAAGUAAACACAAUGGAAAAAGAAGAGUGGCAUUUCAGCACAUUUCAGUUAUAGGUUGUUUUUCCCACUUGUAACCUCAUCCCUAUUCAGUUCACUUCAUUGCAUUAGGCUGUCUAAAGCAAUCACCAAAAUAAAACAAUAAUGAACUAUAUCUUCCAAGAACUGCUAGCAGAAAACAUUCACCUGAUAUUCAAUACUUAGUUUUAAAGAUUUAAAUAUUGUCUCCUUGAAGAAACUAGGGCUAUAAUUCAUGGUCAGCUUCACAAAAUGCAUCUUACUUUCUUUCAUAAUUGUUCAUGCUCCCUCUUUUUUUAUUACAUGAAAAAAUAUGGGUAAGUUAGAACAGUGCCAACCUGUUUGAUUUGUUAACUGACUUAAUUGUUAAUAUUUUGAGUAUGGGAAAUAGGGCUUUCUAUGUGUCUUGACUCACAAGGAAACUGAAAACUGCCAAGGAAGGAAUGUAAUUGUGUUUGAAAUAAAUUGAAUUCAGUAGAGAUUUAUGGAAAUUUCUAUAAUUGGAUUUUUAGGUUUGUUGUCUUCUUUGCUAUUAAGACAUGUAUCAGAUCCAUGUAGCACUUAAAUUUAUUUUGAUUAUAUUCAUUCAAUCAUAUUUUUUCUUAAAACAAUGGAAGAAACAUGUGAAUUGCACAUGUGAAAUAAUAUAUACAUUCAAUUAUAGAAUUCUUAUAGUUUUAUUUCUAAAUAACUGAACUGAUGAGGAACUUAAAAGUCAGCUAUGAGAUUGAAGACAAGGAUGUUAGAACUGAUUUCCGAAAACAGGCAAUUUGUGUAUUAUCCAUAAAAAUGUUUUCUUUCACAAUAGGACCACAAACAAAUAUUUAUGUAAAUAGAUAUUUUUGUGUGAUAUUUUGUGGUACAUAUAACAUUUUUAGUGUUUCACAGCAUUAUUAUUUCCUUUCCUUUUAUUGAAUAAUGUUUUCGGUCCAAGUAGACUUGAAUUAAUGUCAUUCUUGUCAGUAUUAUUGAAAAUUAUGUCAACAGUACUGUCACUCAUCUGUCCCAUAGUUUAGAACAUGACCUGGCUAUCUGGCAUUGUUGCAAGUGCCUUAAAUUCAUGGCAUCUUAUUAAAGAAAAAAACAAAUUUGGUGUUAUGCUGCAUGACAAAGACAAACACACCUCAAAUGUUGUCCUUUCUUAGCUUGCUGCGUUUUACAGUUCUUUCUGCUGACAAUUUAUAAACCUUUAUUAUAUAAUAUUGAUGAAUUACAGAAAUGAUAAAGUCGUUCUCUUAAUUCUGUUAAAUGUUCCAGAGCUGUGUAUCUGUUCAUGAAAUACAGCAUCAUUUCUGUGAAAUGUAUAAAUGUAUGUGCAGGUGAAAUUAAUACAUGACAUACUAUCAGUCUGUAUACAGGUAUUCCUGUUUUGCUAAGUUGUGCCAAUUCAGUAAAAUAAGACAAAUUAGUGCAGUCAAGUCCUCACAUUUCUCAUUUUGUAGACUCCAUGAAUCAUGGUCCAAUCCAAAAGAGUAUAUAUAUUGGAAAUGACUGCUCACCACACCUCGUUCUGAAACCAAUGACGAAAAUGUACCCUGGUACACCACUCAACAAAACAGGACGCUUUCUCUGAGUGCUUGUAUAUGCAAAUCAGCUAUGAGGCAAAUAUUGAACAGACUUAGAAAGCAAAACUUCAAAAGUAUGUUGUUGGCUCUCCUCUUUAUCUGCCCCUGCAUCAACAGACAGAGCUCUGGGACCUUGACUAUAACUCAGAGGUUUGGGCUUUCUGAGUAAAGGGAUAUUUCUGUUAAGCAUCAUCAAUCAAAUUAAUUUUUGAUGUAUAAUGUUUUUACAACUGGUGAGUUCUUUUGUAUUCUUACAGCUAUGGUUAUUUGACUGUCCUCUUCCCACUUGUUCUACAUGAAAGAGUCUUUUGUUAGUCAGAAUGCAACAGUCACCCAAUGGUCCUUGACCAUGUGCACUCUUUACAUGUAGAUGAAGAACUUUUUCAUAAACUUAACCUGCUUUGAUUUGCUCUGUAUUUUUCCUGCAGCUGUAAUUGCCGAGUGCCUGUUGUAAACUUUAUAGAGUUGAAAUAAAAAAAAUAAUUACUUUUGAA